AUGUCGUCGCAGAUCGAUCCUAAAUGGGUUGCACUCUCCGAGGACAGCAAGCUAAAUUUGGAGGAGCGUCUCCGCCAGCUUGAGUCGCGUCUCCCCUACGUCGAUUUCUCGUGGUCCGGCAGAUGGGCGAGAGUCCACGGACACUUCGAUGGCGGAUCCACGACCGAAGGAGCUUUCCGCUGCCGUGCCAGAAGGAGCAAGGAUGAUGACUGCUACCACCUGUCUGUCUUUAACUGGGACAAUAAGCCGGUACUUGCCUGGAAGCAGCCCGCAUCUGAGUGGCCGGAGCCUCCGACGCCGUUCCAGGCGUUCCAACGUCUGAAGGAAGUUGGCUUCCAGACCGGUAUCCUCGCGCCGGGAUCUCUCACCGCCCCUGUGUUGGACAAGGCCACAGCGUAG